UCUUCUCAUUCCAGAAGAACGCUGGUGUCGUGACAUUCCGUCCAUUUGUUUGUUAUCAACAUUUUUGGAAGUUAUUUGUUAAAGUGAAUCCAUAUAAAUACUUCUUACUAUUUUUAAAAUUCCGAGAGUGUCGUCGAAAUUCUACAAUAAAAAUAGCACAUUUCGUAAAUAAACUUUAUGUGAUCGAAUAUAUGUGUUGCUGCCUAAAAAUUAUAUUUUAAGAAUUGAAUAGCAUUCGGUAAAUCUUUUGUAUGUGUGUUAGUUAGACGAUUUCGCUCGAGAUUGAAAGUUUGUUUGCGAGGAUCCAGUUGUAUUUUGGAGGUCGUGUGUGAAACAAGUGAUCAACAUGUCAAGACUUAAUGAUGUUGUGGUUCAGGUGCCAAACGAAGAAAAUCCUUUAAACAACAAUGAUGAUUUUAUUCGGCGCGGUGGAACUGAAAAUCCACAAGAAAGCAUUUCGAAUGUCGUUGAAACGGUAGCAAUGGUCCUUUCAGUGAUAUUGAUGAUAUUGACAAUGCCUCUAUCAUUGUUCGUCUGCUUCAAAGUCGUCUCCGAAUACGAGCGUGCCGUUAUUUUCCGCAUGGGACGUUUAAAAAUGGGUGGGGCUCGCGGACCAGGAAUCUUCUUCAUCUUGCCCUGUAUCGAUAACUACUGUAAUGUGGAUUUGAGAACUGUGUCAUUCAAUGUGCCGCCGCAGGAAGUUCUAACGCGGGACAGUGUCACUGUAGCAGUUGAUGCUGUUGUGUACUACCGUAUUAGUGAUCCUCUCAAAGCGGUUAUAAAGGUGGAAAAUUAUUCUCAGUCAACUGAACUUUUGGCAGCAACCACUCUGCGUAACGUGUUAGGCACGAAGAAUUUAUCGGAACUAUUGUCCGAACGUGAAGCAAUUUCACACACAAUGCAAUCCUCCCUUGAUGAUGCUACCGAACCUUGGGGAGUUCAGGUUGAGCGCGUUGAGAUGAAAGACGUCCGAUUGCCUGCCCAAUUGCAACGUGCUAUGGCCGCCGAGGCUGAAGCUACUCGCGAAGCUCGUGCUAAGGUCAUUUCAGCCGAAGGAGAAAUGAAAUCGUCAGUAGCAUUACAAGAAGCGUCGGAAAUCAUGUGCAAGUCUCCAGCCGCUUUGCAGUUGCGCUAUCUCCAAACAUUGCACAGCAUUGCCGCUGAGAAAAACUCCACGAUCAUAUUCCCAUUGCCGAUUGAGAUUAUGCGCGGCUUCGUUGGAGGAUCUAAGAGUGAAUGAACAUCGAACAUCGAACAAGCACUUUCAACACAAUGACACAUUUAAUAUCCAUUUUAUCCAUUUUAACUCGCUGCCCAAAUCAGAAAAACAUUUUUCAAGGCUCGGAACUCAUUAAUACACUUUUUAAAAUUCAUUCAAAAUCAUGAUUAGCUUUACAAUCAUUUCAAUAUUUUAUUUUCAUUCAAAUAAAGCACAUUUUGAUUUAAGCUUGAUAUCUCGAAUCCGUACGACAUCUAUGCAAAGGACUCAGAAUAUUCCAAAGAUUGAAGUGUCAUUUAUAGGCUAAACGAAUAUUUUUCAAUAAAAAUGUGAAAAUUUCAUCAAAGGCUACACA